UCGAGGUAAAGGAAAAUAAUUUUUUUCAUUGGCAAGUCAUUUGCCGAAUUAUAAUUUCGGCGGAAUGGGUAUAUACCAUUGAACAUGAAGGUUUUUGCUGCUUGCACAGAAGUUUACAUGUGGUUCCUGAACAUGAUCAGAUUGGACAGAAAUAUGAAAUAGUUUUGCCACAGUGAUAUGUAUCUUACCUUCUGGUGCUGCUUAAGCAAAGCAAACUGAGUUUUUAUUGGAAGGUGCUUUAACAGGAAACAUCAUCAUGGGAACUAGAGCAGCUUCUUUCACUGCCAAGAUCCGUAUUCUGAAGGACUAUCAGUACCGGGUGGUGAACAACCUCCCCCCUGUGCCCACGGGGACUGAUGUGGCCAAUACACUCAAGUACUUCUCACAGGCUUUGCUAGGAGUUCUGAAGGAGGUACCCAGCAUGCCCACUGAGAUAUUUGGUGCCAGGCAGAGAGAUAGUAUCCGGCUGUCUGUGUUUCCUAACCUGAACUACUCUGGCCUGUACUAUGCUGUUAUGACUGUCAUUGACAUUGUCCCUAUGGUGCAGAUUGGGCAGCUAGCUUUGGCAGAGGCUACUCUCCAUGUCCUGUGUUGCCUGGUCCCCUUCCUGGAGUACGACCUCCUGGACAGUCUGCCGUACACAGUGGCCUCCACACUGGCCUGCUUCCCAGCUAGCCUACAGAAAGAGACCAUCUUGUUACUGUGCACUCACCUGUUGCCUCUGACCCUAGGCCAUGUUGGAAUGCGUGACAUGUGCACCUAUGCUACAGACUCUGUGCCUGCAAUAAUUAUGCUGGUUUUCCAGUACACAGAUAAAGAAGACUACCACACCCAGCUGUUAGAAUGUUUGAUGAGUUUGAAGAAAGAUAUCUCCAAGGAUUUACUGAAUGUCAUAGCCUAUGGUCCCCCAGCCUCCAGAGCCCCUGCUGCUAAUCUACUGUUCAGAUACUGGCCCCAGAUGAGUCCCAAUACUAGGGAGAAAAAGGGAAUAGUAACAAAAGUACCAGCCACUAAUCCAUUCACAUGCCAAAGGGAGCUGUGCCCCAAUGCUAGAGCUGGACCUGCGCCUGCAAUUAAGCUGUGUAUCCACCCUGCAGUAUCAGUGCAGUCAGGUCGACCUCCACCACUGUAUAUAUGCCAGGACUGCAUGGAUAUCCUAGCCAGGGAACACUCUGGGGAUAUACAGGAUAUGCUGCUGCCCAUGGAACAGGUGUCCUCUGUCUGUGAAAACAAGAAUUGUGCUUCAAAUGAAAACCUCGCAGUGUGCACCUGCUUCCACCUAGCAUGUGCCAGUUACAACGGGAACCGACCCAUACGCUUCUGUGCCAGUUGCCAUGUCAACAGGCAUUACAACAAGGAUGGACAGCACCAUGUUGUUCAGAGUACACUGCCCAACAUAUGGGGUACCUCUGACCAGGAACUGCAACAUUAUAUGGUGGAGGCCAUUGUCAGUUUGUUAAAAGAAGCUCAGCCACCAGAAGAGAAGAAAGUUCUAGAGGCCAGUGGCACCCAUGUCCAUGCUUCCUGGGGUGACAUACGGGAGAAUGGGGCUGAGAACAACAAUGAUGACAGGAAGAUACUUAGUAGAUAUGGUAUCUGGCUGCUGGUGGAGUUCUGUAAACCUAAGGAAGAAUUACCCAUAGAACUGCUGGCCAGGCUCCUGGGUAUGCUGUUCCAGUGGUUUAAAGACACAACCAACCAAGGCAUGGGAGGGAUAGAUGGAGUGGGCAGUGCCUUGGAAAAGCUUAAAGCUGAGUACAUUUACAACUGGCUUCAGUUGGUGAACAAGAGUCACUUCGAGAUCAUGCUGUCAUGUCUUCUACCUCAUCCUGUGGAAUAUGCCAGAGUGGGAGGUCCAUGGGACACUCUGGCUAACAGGACCACUCUGAUUAAUAACCUCGCCAAGUUGAUGGAGCGCAAGUUGACAAAGUCCAUGUCAGAGCCACCAGAACCCGAGUAUGAGCUGAAGGAAGAAGAGCUUCCUCCACAUCUCCAGUUGUUACAUGCUUUACUGAAGGAGCUGUACACACAGACAGAUGCUGAUGUAUUGUUCUAUGUCCUGAAAGCGUUAAGAUACCUGUGUCUCCAUGCUGAGUGCCUGAACCUGGCCCUUAAAGACAAUGAGGAGUAUGUGAAGUACUGUCUGAAGAAGUUUCUGAUAAUUGAGCUAUGGAAAAUCUUACAGGCAGAGCACUCCCAGUUGGCCUCUAUCUGUGUUCCCAUACUCCUGCACUGCCUGACCCUCCCCACUGGCUCUGACAUCAUGUGGCGUAUUGUGGAACAGGAUUUCCAGAAUGAAGACUGGCGAGCAAGAUUCUCUGCAGUGGAAAAGGUGUCGGUGUUGCUACGCUAUGUCCGGUGUGAGACUGUGAAGGAAAACCAGGUCCUGUUGACCACCCUGGCCCAUGCCUUCUGUCACCUGAUUGAGUCCCUGAAUGACAUCAACUGCAUGGUGGCACAGAAAACUAAGUUUUACCUGGAGACACAGAAGAAGAGCUCCAUUAAGUGUUUGUGUAUGUGCCUGGAGUUCCAGUUUGACUCAGUGAUCAAUGAUCGCACCAUGAUACUGCAGAGAAUGCAGAUCUUGUCCAAUGUGCUGCCUGACCUGGGAAUCCUGAGCUGGGAGUUCUUCCUUCAUCGCUUUGAUGCUCUCUCUCUGGAGGCCCAGAUUGAUCUGGAGAGCAGUGGGGACAUAUCACACCCAACAGAUCUGGUGAGCAGUGACAGAGAAAGUGAGCAUUUCUUACAGAAGUUGAACAGAGCCAGGUUUGCGCUGGCCAGGACCGACAGUGUGAGAUCUGUCAGUGCCAGUCUCUAUGGCAACAAGCCGCCAUUCAGGAAGGCAUCCUCCAUGCCUUUGUACGGAACCCCCCGGCCAGGUGUGUCUCCUUCUAAUCGGGGAACCUCUGUUUCUAUGUCAGCCUCUCCUAAAGUCCUCCCGAAGUGGAAAGUGUUGAUGUACAUGCAGCGGUGGUGGCUGUCUCACCAUCAACCCGCAGAAUCCACCCCUCCCUCUCAAACAGAGUCCCACCCAGACCAAUCGGCUGGUAAAAUGCUACUUUGCCGUGGAAGCUUGGUUACACUCAUAAUAUAUAAAAGAAUAUUUGUGCUUGCUUGCUCUUGCGGUGGUGAUCGACUAACUCCUUGGCUUCUUAUUGCAGUGAUGGUUUGGGUGCUACCUCUGCGGCUUUGUUUUCUCUAUCCUGUCUUCACAUCUUUUAAGAAUGAAUUGCAGUUAAAGACACAGCAAGUUGUGAUAUCAUUUAAUAGGUUUUGGAAUGUAUGUGAUAAGUUGGAACUUUCUCUUAUUUUUAAGUUUUCAAUUCAGAUAACCUUUUCUUUUGAAAAAAUUUCAAAUAGAUGUAUAUAUGACAGUCCCUUCAAUGUCAUAACUUACUCUGUCUCUGCUGAUAUUACAGGAUCUGUCCAAAUUGUACAAUUUAAGAUUUUGUUAAGUAACUGUCACCAUUUCAUUCCACCAUUUAUUCACUUGCAAAAUUAUUUUCAGCUCUUAAGUUUAUUUUUGAGAACCAUUCAGUCUUCCCACCUCUCCAUUAACGUAGAGAAACCCUGCAUUAGGCAACAGUCGGCUCCCCAGUUUGGCCGUAGAGGAACACGCUCUGGGCUCAGUAUAUUUGGAAGCUAUAUGCUCUCAGGGGUCGGUGGGUACCUUAGAGAGUUCACUGACCAGCAGAGUAAUUUCUCUGCCCUGCUACAGAAGGCAAUGGACCUGGAGGGGGUGGACAGGGAGACGGUUCAUAAGGUUACUGCUCUCCUGAUGAAGUUCAUGAUGAAUAGUGAUCAAGAUAUAGUAAGCAGUGACAAAGAAGAGAGCAAAUACCAGGACAUUGUUCUCCGACAUCUCAAUGUACUUCUUGGCUACAACCAGAGUGAGAAGGCUUUCAGUGUGCCACCAUAUAAACUAAGAUGUUCAGCAACAGUAAAUGCUUUCCUAGCAGGUCUGCCUCAUGUCCUGGACAGGAAUUUUGAGCUGGGUAACACCAUUCUUCCAGUAGCUGUGAUACUACUGCAGUAUGUUCCCUCUCCCCAGAGAUAUGCCAGUGACUACCAGCCCCCAAACUACACCCUGUGGUACCUAGAACCCCACACCAGACAGGCUUGGCUCACUGCUUUACUGGUUAUAUUGUAUAAGUAUUCUUACAACAAGAGCAGUCCUAAUGCAGAGAUCAUAGAGUUCCUGGUGCAGCUUGCAAUCAACACGGUGUAUGCUCAGCAGCACAGGUGUAAGACUGGGGAAGAAGGAGGAGCCAUGAUGAGCCCUCUCUUGACUAGAAAUGCCAGCAAUGUCUCUACAGUAGAACUAGAGAACAUUGAGGAGACUGAUACCCCUCCUCAGAGCCCAACCUCCCCCGAGGCCACAGUCUCCCUGGAGUCAUCCCUGGGGAUGGCCUCCAUAUCAUUUGGUCACAGGAGGAGGGGAGCUAUUAACACCCCCCUGGAGGAGAGCCCAUCUGAAGUGGAGUCACCUGACACACCACCUAAGAGUGACAGUGACGGACCUGUGACUGGGAAGAAACUACCAGACUACAGCUUUACAACAGAUGAGACACAAGAAAAGAAAGACACUGAGAAGUUUCCAGCUCCAAAAGCAAGUUCUUUGCUUAAGUCUCCAAAGUCAGGAAACAAAGGGGUAGGGGGGCGCCGUUUUGAACUGCAUGUUGCAGAUGCUACUGAUGCUGGUUAUGCUGCUGGUGAUGAUAACGAUGAUGAUGAUAACGAGGAUGAGAUGACCCUAGAGCAGAGUUUUGAGAUGCACAUCAUGCAGAAAGUGAAGGAAGAUGAGAUGAAGAGAAGACUGGCAGCUCAACAGGAUGAAGAUGGAGCAGAAGGAAGUGAUGUCGAGGAGAAAACAUUGCAUUAUGGGACAGAAUCUCAUGUGGAGAGAAAGAUGGCUCAGCAGAUCAAGGAGUUUGAAGGAGAGAAAUCCCCCGAAAUUCACCCAGCAGAGCCAGAUGUCCCCCCAGCAGGAGCUGGUGUUAAAGAAGAGGCUGUUGUUGAUAAACCUGAAGGAAAACCCCUAGCCAAGCCUGUCCGCCACAAGCCCCCUAUACCCGUAGAACUCCUGGGACUGGCUACUAGGUCAAAGAGUGAGGACAAACCUGCUGUCUCUGUGGAGAUUGAUAAGAAGGACAACAUCAAGGGUGCAGGACCAGAUGGAAGACCCAGUAGCCUCAUCAAACCAGACAAGCCAGUUAUACCAACAUUAGAAAUUACACAUGAAGAGAUCACAAAGCCAGUUGUUCCAGCAUUUGAGUCUGCCCAGGCAGUCCCCCUCAAACCCACUCUGCCAGCAUUCAAAGCCAAGGCAGAGGAGACUGUGGAACCUGCCCACCCAGUGUUUGAAGUUACUGCUGUCACCAUAGAGGAAAGUGUGAUACUGCCUCUUCCAAAAUUUGAAGUCACUGUGGAAGACUCCUUUCAAGCCACUGUACCAAACAUAGAGGUGGGUCAAGAGGAGACGCCUAAAGAACAAGCUGAUAAGGAUGAAGAGAAGGAACAAGACGAUGCUGCAGGUGGUAGUGAUAAUGUGGCACCACAGUUAAAGGAGGAAGUAGAAGAGGGUAAAAAAGUUGAAGAACAGGCAAAGGUGACUGUUGAACCAGAAGUGACCAAGACUGAAUCUGUAGAAGUAAAAGUUCCUGACAUAUCAACAGAUGCUGUAGUAACCCCAAGCCAGACCCCCCAUUACCGCCAAAGAAGAGGGAGAAAGACUGGACUGGCCACCAUAGAACUGCAGAAGAUUAUGCCAGAACUGGCAGAGAAACAUGAACCAGAGAAGUUGAGAAGAAGAAGAAAAGCAGACAUCAUAUCCAAAAGUCAGCAACUCAAACAGAAGAGCCAGCAGUCCAGGUUUGGAAGUGGUGAGCAGCCAAUCAUUGACCGCUGUCCAGAGUGCAAGGCUGUCCUGGAGCAGUAUGAUGAGGACACCAUUAGCCUGUGUAUUGUGUGUAUGGAGGCUUUUGUCCACAGAGAGCCCUCCAUGUCUGCUCCAUACCUGCUGGACAUGCUACAGGCUGUCACUAGAAUUGCUGCCAACAGCCCUUAUCCUUGGCAGAAUGACUGGAAAGUGGUGAUUCCAGGCAGUUCUGUGAGUGUGGCGCGCCAAUUUCUGCGCUGUGUUCUGCACCAGCUGGCACCCAAUGGGAUCUUUCCACAACUGUUUCAAAGUAAAAUUGAAGAACCAGACUUUAUGAAGACAUUAGCCUCUGCUCUCAUGGACUUCAAUGAACUUAAUUGCUAUGCUGCUCUUCAACACCUGUUAGAGGGAAUGAACAACAAGAAGACCCUCCCACAAGACACCUUAAUGCAGGUUCUGAAUAACCUGUCCAGCUACAUGGAGUGCAUACCCCUGGAGACCACCUCGCCCACCUGGCCAGGGAUAUUAGGCCAGUUUGAGGGGUACUUCAGGAAGCUGUUGCCAGAGCUGCCAGUGGGCUGUGACAUUGCUCCUGUGAUGAAGAUUAUGGCCUCUGUGUUGAAAAUCCCUGGUGUGGCUUCAAAUAAGGGUAUCUUGGAGCCUUUCUCCAAAGUACUGAGUUUUGCCAUCCAGAAUUGUGAACUGUUACUACAACACCUGAUAGAUAUAUGCUCCCUGGCCAACAGAGUCUUCAUCAAGGAAAGGGACAAGGUGUUCUUGGCUAGGACUAUUGUGUUCGAGUUGGUGCAGGCACUGAAGUUCAGAGCAUCAGUCCCAGAUAGUAAUCUUUUACUUCUGGUGCAGUUUGUGUGUAUUGAUGCUGGAGGUACCAUCACCCCAGGGACAGUGACAGAGGAGUACUGCACCUACUCCUUUAACCCAAUGACCCACCCUGUGGUCAGUACCAGUGCUAGCGAGUGUAUGAAACAACACCUCAAUGAGUGUGUGGACUUUAUUGCUGACCUUCAUACACUAACAAAGGUCAAGAACAACAUGAAAGGCAGUUCCUUUAAUUUGAAUGAGGACACCCUGGGGAACCAGCUGAAGUCAGGGAUAGCUCAGUACAUAGCCCUGGAGUUCACAAGAGGCAAUGGUCGGGACAACCGUGCAAUCAAUCGCUAUCUGCCAUGGCUGUAUCACCCACCUUCAGCUAUGCAGCAAGGACCCAAGGAGUUCAUCGACUGUAUCACCCAUAUCCGCCUGCUGUCCUGGCUCCUGCUGGGCUCUCUGACCCACACUGCUAUUACCCAGUGUUCAGGGCCCAUUAUAUGUCAGCCUAUCCCACUAGAGGCCAGUCAGUAUAUUGCUGAUCACAUUCUGGUCAUCAUGACUGGGUUUGCUGAACAGUCCAAGGCCUCAGUAUUGCACAUGAGUUCCUUGUUCCAUGCCUUCAUCUUAUGUCAGCUGUGGACCAUGUACUGUGAGAGUCUUGCCUGGCACCAUACAUUUGGCAGUGACACCCAUGAAAUGGCCUCAGAGACAGUGAUGGACUUCUGGGGCAGGGUCACUCCAGGCAUACUACAGUUACUGUCACAUUCUAGAAUGAUGGCUGAGAUGGUGAAUCUUCACUUUUUGUCUAUGAUGGAAGCUCUCCAGGAAUGCAACUCCUCUGUGCUCUCAAAGUUAUUUGCAUUGUGGACUCCAAUUUUCCACUCUUACCAUGGACAGCUGCCUGGUCAUAUCCAAGUCCGCCUUCAGACCUGUCAGAACUGGGCGCCACCAAAGAAAACCAAGGACGAAGCUGCUCAGAAAUCCAGCAUGUUGCUUACAUGGCUGAAACGCCUGCAGUUCAAACUGGGACAGACAGAGAUCCAGUCCUCUUCCGCCACCCAGUUUUAUGCUGUCUAGACCUCUCUGUGUUUGUAUUUAGCUUCAAUGACUGAAACCUGAAAAUUAAAUUGGGUUGAUUUGAAGGACAGUUAUGGUCUGCUAUUUAGGAGACUAAUGCCAUAUUGGAUAAAAGAAAUUAUUCAGGUUAAACUGCUGGGAACAGACUCUUUACUCCAAUUUCUCCUUUUCUUAUUAGUUUAUCUGUAAUUGUCACCAUUAACUGACCUGACUGGGGCAGGUUUCACAAUAGAACUUAAGUCUUAAGUUUUUCUCAAUUUAUCCAAUAUUAUGUCUCCUUUGAUGCAGGAUGAAAUUGUAGUAGCCACUUGUAUAGAAAUAUUUAGUCUUUUUCACAAAAAGUAAGAAAUUGCUAUUACUUUGAACAGAUAGUAGCUUUAUUUUAGGGGACUCUUGCCGAUUUUUCCUAGUCAAAAUAAACAAAAACUUGACUAAUGUAUUGAAAAUUUAUGAAAUAGGACUUAGGUGCUGUAUUCCUUUCUACUCUGCUCACCAUGUGAUUGAUGCUUUAAAAAAAUAAAACUCUGGACUGGAUAAUGAAGUGUCAUCUGCAACUUCUAUGUGAGCUGUCUUGUUUUUCUGUUUAUACUAUGUUUCUGCAUGUGUUUGAGUAAAAUGCCUUGAAAUCAAGUUUGAAAAAUGAUGUACAGUAUUGGUCAUGGUCUGCUUUUUUGGCUAGAUUAUGUGUUUCGUUGCAUGUUGUGUUAUUGAGUUAUCAGUUGACCUAGUUUUACUUGAAUUAUUAUAUUAUCUCUGUUGCCAUAGGGUAUAUUUUUACUGUUAUUUUUGUGUUAAUGGUAAAUCUGUAUUUUUAUUUUAAAGGGACACAUGAUUUUUUUGCUGAAAAUGUCAGUGAAUAAUACUCUUACGUUGUAGUUGAAUUUAUUUUCAUCUUCACUACCAGUAUAUGGUCUUUGUUUGCCGAAUUCUGUAGCUAGGUUAAAUAUAUAUAUAUACUCUUAUUUUAUACAUGUAUGUAGCAUGUUUAGUGCAUGUUUCCUCAAAUUAUAUUGCUUUUAUAUGUUAAUGAAUAAAUGGUGGUAUGUGCAAUAUUUUUCAUAUCUAGUGUUAGGCAUUGUUUGACUAUUGUCUUACAAGCACUUCCAGUUGGUGUCUUUCACCAGUAGGUGCACUUCUGGUAGGCAUUUAACAAAUAUUAUUUCGUAACUUAAUUUCUAGUGGUGCUAUCUUUGAAAAUAGUGAUAUUAUGAAAAAGAGAACUUCCAUGUAUAUCUGUGAGCUUGAUUCUUCUAUUGGGGUUUGUCAUAUGCGUUGAGAAAACUAAUUUAGAAUAUGGUCGCUUCUUUGGAAAAAAUCUGUAUACAACUUGAAAAGUUUUGUAAUAGUAUUUAAGAAUGGAUAUGUUUUUGCUAUGGAGCUUUAUUCCUGUAAUGGUAUUUCUCUUUUAUUUUCUAUCAUACUUUCUAAGUAGGAGAGACAUAUCUACAAUAUAGAAAUAUGUUAGAAUUUUUAGACACUUUUACAAUGUAUUGUGUUUUAACUUAAUUAAAAUUAUUUAUUGUUCAUUUUGUCACUUGAAUCUCUAGCAGGUAUCAUUGUAUGUAAAUAGUAAUUAAGAAAAAAAGUAA